UAAAGCCAUUUUCCUCCUCUCCUCUUUUCUUCUGCUUCCUCUUCACACUGCUUGCUUGCUCUCUCUCUCUCUGUCUCUCAUGGAGAUUUACGGUGGAGUUUUUCCAUGUUCGUCUUCAGCAUCAUCGGCGCCUCUGUUGUCGCUCAACGUGCUGGAUUCCAAUGCUUACUCGGAAUUUCAAGCGGCCGACAAAUCGCAUGGAUUCUUGGGGUUGACGGCCAACGACAUGGGACUUCCGAAUUCGGAGGUUAAUUUGAUGAACGAUGCUUGUCGCGGCCAAAGCUUUGCUUCCACUGUCACCACUGAUCAAACUGAUCACGAGAUGAAAUCGUCAUCAUCGGGGAAGAAGAAGGGCGAGAAGAAGAUCAGGAAGCCUAGAUUCGCUUUCGAAACGAGGAGCCAAGUUGAUAUUCUCGACGAUGGCUAUAGAUGGAGGAAAUAUGGCCAGAAAGCCGUCAAGAACAACAGGUUUCCAAGAAGCUAUUAUCGAUGUACUCAUCAAGGCUGUGGUGUAAAGAAACAAGUCCAGCGCCUAUCGAAGGAUGAAGCAGUAGUGGUAACAACUUACGAAGGAAUGCACUCACAUCCAAUCGAGAAGUCAACCGAUAACUUUGAGCACAUACUGAACCAGAUGCAGAUCUACACUGCCUUUUGAUUGAGCUCUCCAAAAAUUGAUGAGGACGAGCCCAAGAUUUUUGUGAAAUACACACUCCCAAAAUAUGCAGAGUUUAAAUAAAAUGCAUAUGUGCCCUCUUAAUCAGAAGCUACUCUUAACAAAACAAAAAAAGAAACGUUUUUUAGCUAGCUAGCUAGGUGCUUUAUGUGCAAAUAAUUAAAACUUAGUUUCAUAGCUUGUUUUUUUGGUUCUUGUCUUCUUUCUUUCAUAUGUAAGCAUGCAAUAUGUACACCCACCAUGUUGAUUACAUAUAUGGUAAUGAAUUUAAUGGCAAUGGCCCCUUUUAUUA